UCACUUUCCUGGGAGUAAGCCCCACUGAACCCUAUGGGAGUUUCCUCCGAGUAAUCCUGUACAAGAAGGAGUUUCGGCCUCAGCUCCCCUCGAUAUAAGGCAGCGAUUCCGCCCCAUACCGGCCCGCCCCCUUUCUGAGCGCAGGCGCUGGGAGACCGCGAGACGAGAUUUGCCCUUGCCUGCUGCUUCCUCCGCUUCCCUCAGAGCGGGAGUUUUUGAGCGGAUGUGUUUUCCCUCUCUCCUCGGACUUGACGUUAUCAUCUCUGAGCAACUGAGUGCAUCUUGAAAAUGGAAACGCCUGUAUUAAACAAAUCUACACUGCUAUGCUCCACUCCAAAGAACUGCGAGACAUCUCCUCAGAGCAGCAGCAGCAGCAGCUCAGGGAAACAGCCAAUGAGUGCAACUCUAAAAGAACGAUUGAAGAAAGCAAGACGGUCCUUUCAUUCAGCUUUCACUGUUGCCAAGCGUCUUAAAAUAGAUGAUGAAAAGAACAGUAGUCCUUGUGAAGGAAGGGCUUUAUCUAAAGGAGAGACAUGUUCUAAGUCACAAAAUGAGGGUGAACAUUUAGAAAAAGUUCCUGAUGCCACCAUGUGUUUGAAAAGUGCUUUGCAAGAGAGAGAGCUCUGUGUAUUGAAAUAUACUGGAUGUAGUGAAGCUAUACAAAGCUCUCCAGAAGUUCGGGCAGAAACAAAUUGCAGGCAACGGGAACUAUUGGAUGAAAAGAGAAUGUUAGCAAAGAAGAUUCAGGAAAAGGAGGAAUUUCUUCGAAGACUUAAACUCGUCAAAAUGUACAGAUCAAAGAAUAACCCAACAGAGUUGCGGUCUCUAAUAUCAAAAUGGCGGUGCAGUUCCCAAGCAAUGCUAUAUGAGCUACAGUCAUCCUUGUCUACAGAUAACAGGAAAUUAAGUCUCACUCAAUUGAUAGACAAUUUUGGAUUAGAUGAUAAACUGUUACAUUACAUUAGAACGGAAGAAGACUUUACAGAUGCAUGAUAUGGAUGUUUCUAUUUCAUUCUUAACACAUCAGAAGAUAAAUAUAUUCAAAGUUUAAAUAUGGCUUUUGAGCUGCAUUGCUGGAUUGUUGUGAAUCCUUGAAUCUUUUAAAUAUUAAAAGACUGCUGCAAAAAGUA